AUGUCCUCUUCUGCUGACAAAAAGGAUGCCCACCUUACAGCCAACCUGCCUACGUUAAAGGCCAACAUCACCACAGUCGGAGUCGAAGCUCCCCCGCCUCCGCCAGAGUCAAAAUGGAUGGCCAUAUAUCGAAGUUCAUUCUUCCAGAUCUGUGUCGUUUCAGCCCUUGCUUUCUGUGGCCCGGCUAUGGCGGACGCGAUUAGUGGGCUGGGAGGGGGUGGCCAAGCCACCCCUUAUACAGUCAAUGCCGCUACCUGCGCUUCAUACUGCGCGGUCGCGUUGAUCUCUCUCCUGGGCGGUCCUAUUGCUUCUCGAAUGGGUAUCAAAGGCAUGCUUAUUGCUGGUGCUUCAACAUUCGCCAUCAACGGAUCAGCAUACUACGUCAACAGCAUGUACGGUGUCCAGUGGUAUCUCAUCUUUGGUCGUUUCCUCUACGGCGCUGGUUUCGGGUUCUGGUACGUCGCCGAGGCUGCCAUCAUCUUAUCGUACCCCGAAGAGGGUCGACGUGGAAAAUACCUGGCCAUCUGGGUCGGAUCCCGAAAUCUCGGUCAACUCGUCGGCGGCUCCAUCUCCCUCGCCCGCAACGCCAAAUCAGCCGCCGCCGGUGCCAUCGCCACUUCUACCUACCUCAUAUUCAUCGCCAUCGAAGCUCUUGGUUUCCCCAUCUCCUUCCUCAUUUCUCCGCCUCACAAGGUCCGCCGCUCCGACGGCGUGCCCAUCCUCAUGGCUGCCAAACAACCUUGGAAAACCGAGUUUAUCAAUCUAUACAAGGCGGUAAUCUCGCCGAUGAUGGUGAUGCUCAUGCCUAUCGCUUUCUACUCUUACUUUUACGGCGGCGUCCUCUCCACAUACCUCACCAACUAUUUCACUGUCCGAGCCCGUGCCCUCUCCUCUUUCAUUGUUCCCUCCGGUAUCAUUGUCUUUACCGCCAUUUUCGGCCGCUUCUUUCUUGACAACAAACGCUGGAGCCAGAGGCGGCGGGCGCAAGUAGGCUUCGCGGUGUUUAUGGUGCCUUCAUUCGCGGCUUUCGGGUGGUUGUGUGCAAACCAGGCGAGGUUCUUGAACAUGGACACUGCACCAAAAUACGAUUGGUCGGAUAAAGACUGGGCGAACGCAUACGUGCCGUUCUACAUCAUGCAGGUCUGUGGGUAUCUGUGUCAGACUUACAUUUACUGGCUCAUAUCCUGCUUCACCGCUUCUGUCUCUUCCAACGCUACCAACGGCGGUAUCUUUCGCUGCGUCGAAGCCGUCGGUCAAGCUGUUUCUUACGGCAUCAACUCGAACACAAACUCGAAGUUCAUCCCGUUAGGCAUCAACUUUGGGCUGGCAGGGUUCUGUGUAGUACCGACUGUGAUGUUGAUUCAGCAGGUGCCGGUGUGGAGGGAAGAUGCUGAGAUACAAUGGGUAGGGAAGGAUGGGAACGGAGAUGUUGAAGGAGAAAAGGAAGAAGGGAAGGCGACCCAAUCGGAGGCUUUGGACCUGGGAAAGUAA